AUGGUCCGAAACAACAACAGCAACAGAAACAUGUUGUCCCCUCAGGUUUUGGUCCAGGUUGAGGAUCUCCUUAUGGCCCCUACCCCACCUUCAGUCUCCUCCUCCACAGCCUCAGCUCCACCGCAGCUGCCAUACCAAAACCACCGCAAUCCAGCUUCUCCGGUCAAGCCUUUGGCCGAGAAACGUGCCGUUACAGUCACAGUCUCUACUGUCUCUAAAGGCCCAAGGCAUGAGGAAGGAGACAACAAUUAUUCCAUCACUACUGUAACAACUACUACAGCAAACAAAACCACAACUUUGAUCAACCUCAAUGAGGACCCCUCCAACCUUGAUGAUGGAUUGUGUGGGACCCCAUCCCCACAAAGAGCUGGUCCUACUACGAGUAUGAUGCCACGCUUGCUGCCCCCUACUGUUGAAAGGGAGAUGAAUCCACAGGAGGUCGUGGGUGCUGGCACAACUGAGGCAAGAGCUAUGGCGGGCUACAAUCAGCAACAGCGAAGGGGAUGUUCCUCCUCUUCUUCUUCCUCAUGUUUGUCAAAGGGAGAAGGAAGUUGGUUGGCUCUGUCCACUCCCAACCCUGCUCACAGUGGUUCUAACCGUGGAUAA